CAAUUCUUAUUCGAUCAAAUUUCGUAUUCGUCGUCGUUUGCGUCGUCGUCAUUUUAGUUCUAAAAUUUAAGAAAAAAUCCAAGUGACUGAUGUAAAAGUAAAAAAUAUGGCGAGUCUUGGGGGCGAUCAACAAAUUUUAACAAAUAGUCAAACAGCUGAACCGAUUCAAAGAGACAGCCGAGAAGGCAGUGCAGAAAGAAGAGAACUAAUGGAAAGCACUAACGCAACAAUUCAUUGGUUUGCUCAAGUGGGUGGAGAUGACGACGACUCGCAAGUGGCUAAAGACCGUGACGAAAAACUGAAGUUAGCUAGAGAACGUCAAAAUGAAGAAAGACAAAGAAAAAUCGAGGAGCUCAAAGCUCAAGCAGAAGCGGCACAAAGAUAUCAGGAACAAAAGCAGGAAGAACGACGACGACGCAUUGAAGAGAUAAGAAAUCGAGAUUCUGAAAAACGUCAUCAGGUCGAGGAGCGUAAACGUGCAAUUAUGGAAGCAGAGAAAGAACGUCGCGAAUAUAUACUGAGGAAAAACCAGGAACGCGAAUCAAGAUUGGAAACUAAAAAACGAGAUAGAAAUUCAAUAGCUUUUGCGUUUGGUUCAUCAACGCCACGUCUGUUGGAUCCAGCUGAUUAUGGUACAGUAUCGCCCAGUCAAUUUUGGAGCCAACGAAGGUCGGAAGCAAUAAGUCCGCCAGCCGUACGCCUGUCAACCGUCAUAAUGGGUGCCUAA